AUGGUUUCGAGACGAAAAAAUCCACCUAUUCCAGUAGUGACGGGUGGAACGGAUGGUAUCGGCAAAUCAUAUACAAUUGAGCUGGCAAAAAGAGGACUUCGAAAAUUCGUGCUUAUUGGACGAAAUGAAGCAAAACUUGAGGACACAAAGGCAUAUCUCGAAGACGAAUUUGGCGCUCACGUGCAAACUUAUUUGUUCGAUUUUUUCGAUGGUGAUUACGCUGAACUUCGCAAAUACAUUGAAGAUAUAGAUAUUGGCUUUGUCUGUAGGUUAUCUUAG